ACGAGAUUGCUAUUGGCGACACCUAAUUAGAUCUAAAAGUUUGUGUUUCAAGUAGCAAAAACAUAAUAGAUGCAUGCUUGCCUACUACAUGUGAACUACUGUAGGGUAAAAAAAUUACCUUGUAUCUGGUGAUUCGUCGCGGAAUUUAAAGUAACAAAAUGGGACAGAAGGGCAAGACGGGAAAGCAGCGGCGGGAUAAGUUUUAUCAUCUCGCCAAAGAAACUGGCUACCGCAGUCGCGCCUCAUUUAAGCUAAUUCAACUGAACAGGAAGUUUGAGUUUCUUCAGAGAUCACGGGUCCUUAUCGAUCUGUGCGCUGCUCCAGGGGGAUGGUUACAGGUGGCACAAAAGUAUAUGCCUGCCUCGUCACUGAUUAUUGGUGUCGAUGUGGUGCCAAUUAAGCCAAUCCCAAAUGUGGUAGGUCUCACCCACGACAUUACUACACAAGAUUGCCGUAAGGCACUUAAAGGCGAGCUGAAAACAUGGAAGGCUGACGUUGUGCUUAACGAUGGUGCUCCUAAUGUCGGUAAAAAUUGGCUGCACGAUGCCUACUCGCAAAUCUGUCUCUCUUUACACGCCCUUAGACUCGCUUCAGAAUUCCUUGUCAAAGGUGGAUGGUUUGUCACUAAGGUGUUCAGAUCAAAAGAUUAUAAUGCCUUCAUGUGGGUCCUCAAAAAACUCUUUAGAAAGGUGUCGGCCACAAAACCUCGCGCUUCUCGCCAUGAGUCGGCUGAAAUUUUUAUCGUCUGUCAAGGGUAUGUAGCGCCUGAUAAGCUCGACGAUAGAUUCUUUAAUGCAAAGUAUCUAUUUGAAGAACUAGACAUUUCGCAGGAGACUGCCACCAAAAAUGUUCUUGAGAGAGCGGCCAGCCUUAAGAAACCGAAGGCUGAAGGAUAUAAGGAUGGCGCGAGGAUGCACGAAUCUAUAUCGUGCGUAGAAUUCAUUAAAUCGGACAGAUUUAUGGAAUUACUGGGAGAAGUUCACGAGAUCGUCCUUGAUAAUGAUCAUGUCAUCAAUCACCCUUCAACUUCUGAGGAAAUCAAGUUGUGUUGCAAGGAUAUCAAAGUUCUUGGGAAGAGCGAGCUUCGCAGUCUCAUACUAUGGAGGAAAAAAUUACACGAGCAAUUUAAAAAGGAGGACGGAGAGGAUAAUGUGGAGGAACUUGACAUGAAGGAAAAUGAUGACAGUGAUGACGAUGAAGAAACAAAAUUGUUUAGACACGUCCAGCAAAUGAACGCUGCAGCUAUGCAAGAACUAAAACGAGUUAAACGUAAAAAGCUCAAACAGCUCAGGAAAACGAGGGAUGCCCUCAACCUGAAGAUGAUAAUUAAAGGUGACGAAGGCAUUGUCCAGGAAGACAAGGAUGUCUUCCAGCUUAAGAAACUCGAGUCCAUGAAGCAAGCUAUGGUGGACGGUCAUGAUUUGUCCAACGAUGAGCUCGAAGAAGUUGGAGAUACUGGUGUGGCGAUUAGCCGCAAAAGUGCGAAAGUGACUGAAAGUAGAGACAGUGAUGUCGAUGAUGACGACCAUGACGAGGAAAUGGAAUGGAAUGAGAACGAAGAUGGCGAAGCUGUCGAUCCAGAUAAAAUUGUCAAUGAACUCGGGACAGGUCGUGUUCGUAAAGUAGAGAAGGCUUCUUCAUGGUUCAGCAGGACAACUCUUGUUGGCCAAACAACGGUUUACGACGACCUCUGUGAGGAUGUUCCUAGCCUGAAAAACGUACGCUCCGAAGUUAAUCAAGAUCUUAAAAGGAGACGCGAAUAUGGGAAGAAGGCUGCUAAACGAAAGAAAGGGGACCCUGAACUGAAUUCGUCCGAUGACGAAUACGAAGAUACCGUUGAAAACGAGCAUGAUCAGUAUAUCGAUCAGAUUGAACAGGAGCUGGACGAAAUUCGAAAAGAGAAAGAGGCGCGAAAACCGCAAAUAAAAAAAGCUUUGGGAAUUAUAACAGAGAUGCAAGAAAAGGAAAAAGAGGGCAUCCCUAUGCUGGAUGCUUAUGGUCGUGCGCUCGGUGAACGGCUCAUCCGAAGCGCAAAAAGUCGACGUGACAUUUUUAAUGAAGGCUUUCACAGGUACAUGUUUGACGAUCGUGAAAACCUUCCGUCGUGGUUUGUCGAGGACGAAAAAAAGCACUGCCUCAAGCUACCUGAGGUCAGCUCGGAAAGUCUACGCCGUAAUAAAGAAGAACUGAAGGAAGUUAAUGUAAAGACAAUCAAGAGAGUGGUCGAAGCGAAGAGUCGUAAGAAGCGCCGUUUUAUGAAAAGGAUGGAAAAAGCGCGUAAAAAGGCCGAAGAGCUCUGCGGCAACCUGGACAUGAGCGAAACAGAGAAGGCACAGAAUCUAAAACAGAUCUAUUCCAAAGCUCUCAAAAAGGAAAAGAAAGAGGUGAAAUACAUCGUUUCUAAAAAGUUUCAGGGUCAGACUCGAGUUCCGAAGUUUAAGGGUAACGUUAAAUUAAAGGUGGUAGAUCCGCGGAUGAAGAAAGAUCUUCGAGCGGCUAAAAGUAAGGAAAAGACCAAAAGCCGGGGCCGUAAAGGAAAAGCUGGCGGAAAGCGUCAUUAAGCUCUUGGUAUUCAUACUAGUGACAGCUCUUUUUACACGGAUAUGGUAAGCUUAAUGUGUUAAUAAAUAUGAUCUAUGUAUUGUUUGCCAA